UUAGAGGCCCCCAGUCCCAUUACAAUUCGCCCCAACGUCAUCCCAUCUCUUCUCUUCCUCAUUCUUCUUCCUUAUUCUCAAUCACCACCUGUAGGAACAAAAUAAUGGCGGAGACGGCGGCUGCGAGGAGGAUCUGCGGCGUGUCGGAGAAGGUGCAACUGCACGCGGCCAUGCUUGCGCUGCAGUUCGGCUACGCCGGAUUCCAUGUCGUGUCCCGUGCGGCGCUUAAUAUGGGCAUUAGUAAAUUGGUCUUCGCUGUCUACCGCAACAUCAUCGCUCUGUUACUACUCGUGCCCUUCGCCUACUUCCUUGAGAAGAAGGAUAGGCCUCCUAUCAGUCUCUCCUUCCUCGUUCAAUUCUUCCUCCUUUCGCUCUGUGGAAUCACAGCGAACCAGGGAUUUUAUCUUUUGGGACUGGACAACACCUCUCCGACGUUUGCUUCCGCUAUCCAGAACUCGGUUCCGGCCAUCACGUUUCUCAUGGCCGUAGCCCUCAGGAUAGAGAAGUUAAGAUUGGACCGGCGAGACGGCAUGGCGAAGGUGAUCGGCACGCUAGCCUGCGUAGCCGGCGCAACGGUGAUAACACUGUACAAAGGUCCGACCAUCUUCUCACCGUCGACACACCCACCGCCGGGGCUGUCGGCUGCUGCAACUUCAGCGAUGUCAUUUUCAUCGGCGGCAACUAAUUUAAUGGGAGAGACGAAGGCCGACAAAAACUGGACACUGGGAUGUGUUUAUUUAAUGGGACACUGCCUUUCAUGGUCCGGGUGGCUUGUGCUUCAGGCUCCGGUUCUUAAGAAAUAUCCGGCGAGGUUGUCGGUUACCUCCUACACUUGUUUUUUUGGCGUCAUUCAGUUUAUAGUUAUAGCAGCUUUCGUCGAGCGCAGUGCUCGGGCUUGGGUGUUUCAUUCUGGGACUGAGGUUUUUACCAUUCUCUACGCUGGUUGUGUUGCAUCUGGAAUUGCAUUUGCAAUUCAAAUCUGGUGCAUUGAUAGGGGUGGCCCUGUCUUUGUUGCAGUCUAUCAACCAGUUCAGACCUUUGUUGUAGCUAUAAUGGCUUCCAUUGCUCUAGGAGAAGAAUUCUAUUUGGGAGGUAUUAUUGGUGCUGUCUUCAUCAUCAUCGGCCUUUACCUUGUUCUUUGGGGGAAAAGUGAGGAAAAAUCCAUUGUUGCAAAAGAAGCAAACCAUUUGCUAUCGGCCGCAGAAGAACAUGAUGUCAUAAGACCAUCUGCGCCUGCUGCUUACAAAGCUGCUUCUUUGAACCAGCCUCUGCUGCCAUCAUCAACCUCCGAGAAUGUCUGAGUAUUCAGCAGUGAAUAAAGUGAGCUCAAUCAACUAAAAUGUUAUUUCAAUUAGGGUUUUAGACCUUUGUACUAGUUACUAGCACAAUGCAGUGAUGAGGUAUUAAGCUUGCAUGCGUCUCUUACUUUGUUGAAAGUUGAUGUGAGUGUUUGUUUCUUUUUUGUUGGUUUGUUUGUAUUUUAUUUUUCUCUAUUUUUAUGUGGAUUGCUUCUUAAGUUGAAAGAUGUGAUGGAAGUUCAAAU